UAUACUGAAUUUUAACAAAAGAACAGGGAAGAGGGAGAGGGAGAGAGAGAGGAAAGAGAGAGCGAAAGAGGGGAGAAAGGGAGGGAGUGAUAGGUAGCGAGAGAGAGAGCUAGAGAAACUGAAUACAUGUUGGAUAUCCAUGUACAUGUAUUUCUGGGGGAACAACCAGUAAAACAAGGAUACCUCAAAAGAAAUGAUGUGAAAAGAAUGGAGAGGCGAAGGGAGAGAGGGGGGACAGGCUCGUGAAAAACAGCACCUCCUUUUUGUGCGCGCUGCGGCUCGGUUCCCCCCCGGCUCUCCUGGUCGCCCGUCGCCAUGGCGGCGUGGCCUGCCCUCUCUCUCCUGCUGGUCCUGAGCGAGUGGGUGGGGCCGGUGGGCCCCUCCCCUCACCUGCUGCUGCGGCCGCGGGAGCGGGAGCGGGAACGCGACCUGGCCGCCUCCAUGAACUUCAACAUCGCUGUGAUCCACGCCGGCGCCAGCGCCCACGCCGAGGCCAUGGCGUCCGGCGCCGGCGGCCGCGUGCUCUACCCGGGCUUCGGCCGCGUCUACAGCAGCCUAGGGGACAGCGUCGUCACACAGUGGGGCUCAGCCAACGUCAUCUGGCUCCAGGUGAACGACAGCAGCCCCAGGACCCUGCUCUCUCAGCUGUGCGACCUGCUGGCGGCGAGGCCUCUGCAGGGGCUGGUGUAUGAGGAGGAGAGGCCGGCGCCCCUGGCCUGGGGGCCCCUGGCCCCGAUGCUGGAGUUCGUCUCGGCCCAGACGGGGCUGCCCAUCGUGGCCGUGGGCGGCGGAGCAGGACUGGGGAGAGUACCGCAGGAGACGGGCUCCAUAUUCUUGCAAUUCAGUGCCUCAACCGCUCUCCAACUGGAGGUGAUCUUCGAGGUGCUGGAGGAGUACGAUUGGACUUCCUUCUCGUUGGUCGCCACGCGUCACCAUGGCUACCAGGACUUCCUGUCUGUGGUGGAGGGCUUGACGGACGGCUCGUUCAUCGGCUGGGAGAAGAAGAGCGUGGUCAUGCUGAACCUGACCGAAGACCCAGGGGGCGCGCGGACACGCCGACUGCUCAAAGAGAAUGAAGCCCAGGUGCGGUUGCUGUACUGCUCCCAGGAGGAGGCUGAGCUGGUGUUCCGUGCGGCCUGGGCGGCGGGUCAGGCCGGAGCCUCUAACAUGUGGUUCGCGGUGGGGCCUGCGCUGUCCGGGCUCGGCCUGGAGGGCCUCCCCAAGCGGCUGUUUGCCGUGCGGCCGCAGGGCUGGCGGGACGAGCCCCGCAAGCGGAUCGCACAGGGCGUCUCCGUGUUGACCCACGGAGCUGUAGCGCUGCGCAAAGACACCGGAGGGACAAACUUUGUCACCAACUGCCAGACGGACGCCAACAGCACACACAGAGUGUAUGGGAGGGUGAAAUACUUCAACAAUAUCACCCUCGCCGGGCGGGACUACUCCUUCAACAACGAGGGCUACCUGGCCAACCCGUCUCUCGAUGUCAUCUCCUACAACUCGGACCGAGGCUGGGAGGACGUAGGAUCGUGGGAGAACGGCGCGCUGAGGCUGCGCUACCACACGCUGUCCCGCUACGGUCAGUUCCUGCAGCCGCCCGACGACGCCCAGCACCUGCACGUGGUCACCCUGGAGGAGCGUCCGUUUGUCAUCGUGGAGCUGGCCGAUGCCGCCUCGGGGACCUGCAUUCGAGACUCCGUCCCGUGCCGUCGGUCCCUCAAUGCCAGUUCCCUCCAGGAGGGGGUGGCUCCCGUGAAGCAAUGCUGCAAGGGCUUCUGCAUCGACAUCCUCAAGCGCUUGGCCCGGAUCGUGGGCUUCACCUACGAUCUCUACCUGGUUACCAAUGGGAAGCAUGGGAAGAAGAUCGAUGGCGUCUGGAACGGCAUGGUGGGAGAGGUGGUGUAUAAGCAUGCUGAUAUGGCCAUCGGCUCGCUCACCAUCAACGAGGAGCGCUCACAGGUGGUGGACUUCUCAGUACCUUUUGUGGAGACUGGCAUCAGUGUCAUGGUCUCCCGUAGCAACGGCACAGUCUCUCCUUCUGCCUUCCUUGAGCCUUACAGUCCAGCUGUGUGGGUGAUGAUGUUUGUCAUGUGCCUGACGGUAGUUGCGGUGACCGUCUUCAUCUUUGAGUUCUUCAGCCCCGUCGGCUACAACCGCGACCUUCAGAGUGCCAAAAAACCCGGCGGUUCUAAGUUCACAAUAGGGAAGUCCAUCUGGCUCCUUUGGGCUCUGGUAUUUAACAACUCUGUGCCUGUGGAGAACCCCAAAGGCACCACCAGUAAGAUCAUGGUACUGGUCUGGGCCUUCUUUGCUGUUAUCUUCCUGGCCAGCUACACUGCCAACCUGGCUGCCUUCAUGAUCCAAGAAGAGUACAUUGACACAGUGUCUGGCCUUAGCGACAGGAAGUUUCAACACCCCACAGAGCAGUACCCCCCUCUGCAAUUUGGUACGGUUCCCAACGGCAGCACGGAGAAGAACAUCCGCAGUAAUUACCCAGACAUGCACCAGUACAUGGUCAAAUAUAACCAGAAGGGCGUGGAGGAGGCCAUCGUCAACCUCAAGACUGGGAAGCUGGACGCGUUCAUCUACGAUGCGGCUGUGCUCAACUACAUGGCGAGGAAGGACGAGGGCUGCAAGGUGAUGACCAUCGGGUCGGGGAAGGUCUUCGCCACCACGGGCUAUGGCAUCGCCCUGAACAAGAACUCCCGCUGGAAACGGCCGCUGGACCUGGCCCUGCUGCAGCUGGUGGGAGACGAUGAGAUUGAGAUGCUGGAGCGCCUCUGGCUCUCGGGCAUCUGCCACAACGACAAGAUCGAGGUGAUGAGCUCCAAGCUGGACAUCGACAACAUGGCGGGCGUCUUCUACAUGCUGCUGGUGGCCAUGGGCCUGAGCCUGCUGGUGUUCGCCUGGGAGCACCUGGUCUACUGGAAGCUGCGCCACUGCAUGAGCAACAUGGGGCAAUCUGGCAAGCUGGACUUCCUCCUGGCCUUCAGCAGGGGCAUGUACAGCUGCUGCAGCUUUGUGGACGAGACGGUGCAGACCGUCUCCAAAGUCACAGUCCCCUCCCAUCACCAUGCCUCUGUGGUCCAGGCCCAGCCUCCGUCCCACAUCAUCCCGGCAGCGGUGGCCAACCCGGCCAUCAGCCUGGCCCAGCAGCAGCAGCAGCAGGCCCCACCCCAGCAGCCACCACAGGGCCCCCCGCCGUCCUACAAGACCCCCCUGCCUGGCUCGCCUCCCACUGGGGUGCACGGCGGGCCGGGCUUGGGCCCCUCCAACCCUCCCCUCAUGGGCGCCCCGCUGCCUUGCUCCACCUUCCUGCCGCGGCCUGACCGCAGGCUGGCCGUGGUGGACCGCUGGAGGCUGCCCAAAACAGCGACCGCUCCCGCGCCCCUGGGGGUGAGGGCAGGCAUGACCGAGAUGCCGCCUUACCCCCAGAAGGUGCCCGCAGCGUGGACCGGACCUCCAGGAGGUGGCGCGGGGGCAGCGGCAGCAGGGCUGGACGGAUAUAAGCGCUAUUACGGACCCAUUGACCCGGAGGGACUGGGGCCCUGUGUGGAACAGCAGACAGGCUCCCAGACCCCCAAAACAAUCCCCAGGGGUCACCCCCAGCCACCACCGGCCACGGUGGCGUACUACCAGGAGAAGGGCAUGGACCAUGGGGUGGGGAAGAAGGUGGUGGUGGGUGUCGGCGGAGGGGGUCAGGGGAAGGGGGUGAAACCUUUGGGGACCCCCCGGCUGCCUAGCAAGAGCCAGACCCUCGGCCCGCUGGCCCCUAACCCUCCACUGCCGCACCCCUCUCCCCCUCUCCCCUCAUCCUUCUGGAGGAAGCGGCGGCCCAAGAAGCCCAAAGAGCCGGGGGGCCCCCUGUACGAGAACAUCCUGCCCUGCUGGGCUGGAGUCAGGCGGGAGCGGGCCGGAGACAGUGGCAGGCGGGGUCGCCCCUCACCCCCUCUCCCAAUCCCCGUGCCUGUUCCACUGUCCCCUACGUACACCCCUCCGUCGCCUUCGCCCUCGCUCCCUUACACGUCCACCUCGUCCACCACCACCACCUCCAGCACGUCCUCCACGACCUCGGCCUCCUCCUCGCGCUCUACCUCCCCGUCGUCCACCUCCACCACGUCGUCGCCGAGCACCCGGGACCGCGACGUCGAAGACGAAGAGGAGGAGGAUCUGGACGAGCUGACGGAGGAGUCCAGCCUGCUGCAGGGACACACGACGAAGAGGGACCGCGAGCGCUCCCUCCUGUCGCCUCUCGUCCAACAAAGCCUUCGUAACCUCAACAAGCUGCCCUCCUCCGUCAAGUUCUGGGUGAGCGGUGGGAGUGGUGGAGGGCGUCCCCACCCGGACCAACCGCCCGAUCCGCCCUCCCCUCCCCUCCACACGCUCCCCCGCCCAGCGCCCGGAGCAGCGGAAUGGAGCGCCUUGAGUCCGGGCAGAGUGAGGGCCGAGGAGAGCUACUCUGACGAGGGUUCGUCUGGGGAGUUUGGCCGCUUCGAGAGGUACUGGGAGGGCAGUGGAGCAGCGGCCGCUAGUGGCAUCGGCGGAGGGGGCUGGUUCUUCGGGACGUACCCGGCCAGGGAGAAAGGCGGAAGCAUCAACAGUCGGGACGACUCCAUCCUGGGCCGGUCAGAAGGGUGGGGGGUGAGCGGGGACUUCUGGGGGUCAGGAGCAGGGGUCGGGUGGGGGGCUGGCGGGGGCAGCGGGGGUCUGGGUGCUCAGUGGCCCCCACCCCCGGCGGCUCUCCCGCCCCCCAGGCGCUACUGGUCGGUGGACAAGCUGCCCAUGAAGGGUGACAAGAGGGCCCGCGGGAGGGGCAAGGCCCGCGUUAGGGACCGGGAGCUGGACGACGGCGCCUGUGCCCAGUGCGGGCCGCACCCGCACGGCCGCUUGCGCUCCAAGCGCGGCAGCGCCCCCUCGCACAGCCAGGAGGAGCUGCUGCCCCACUGCCACAGCUUCAGCGGGGGCACGCGCCCCAAGCCCUUACCCCCCACCCCGGACGCCCCCAAAUCCAGCAGCCAGUCCAACCUUAGCACACAGCAGGCCCAGCUGGGCGGCGACCUGGCCUCGCAGCCCCAGCCCUCGCCGCCCCAGCCUCUGCUCUCCCCCAGCGGCAGCGCCUCCCUGCCCAUGUCCAUCCCGCCGCCCCCGUCGUCCGCCUCCGUCUCCCCGCCGGCGGUGCUCUCUCCCGGGCCGGGCGGCUCGGGGGCCCAGGCCUCGGCCAGCGCCAAGCUCCAGUACCAGAGACUGCGCUCGGUGCCCCAGCCCCGGCGCUUCUACUCGCCGCACCUCCCUCUCAAAGCCAAGAGCCUGUGCUCGCGCCGCGGCUCCGCACACUUCUCCAGCCUGGAGAGCGAGGUAUGA